AGAUGAAGAACGUAAACGAGGUUAGACAAAAUACAAUGCCACACAAUGCAGGGCGUUAAAAUCAUUACUUAGGAGCUUUUUCAAGACAAUACCGUGGAUUUCUUACUCUGAUACACACAAUUCCGGUACAUGUAUGUUCUGAAGUCAUAGCAGUAGAACACACUAAUCUGGCUCGCAGAACGUAUCUAUGUCGCGGGACGUUUCUGUCACUAUCUCCACACUCUCGGGCUGCUUAUAAAAAAUGACAUACUUAAGUCAACUCAAACAUAAGCCGAGUCACGAAGGAUGAUGGUACAGAAUAUUGGGAGUGAUAUCUCUCCGCCGAUUUUGAUUUGUUGGUUGUUUCAGAGGUCUUUAUAUCGUUACAAAGAAAUUUGAUAGAUUUUUUUCACAACAUUAAUUAAUUCUCCUUGAACAAGCUUUAUAGAAAUAAACCCUGCUUUCCUUUGAAAGGUCAGCAUACUGCCCAUGUAUUAUCACAGACCGACUCUAACAUCCCCGGCCAUCGCGAUGGAACAUCCUACCUCCUACCUGGGUAAAGAAAAGCGCGGGAAGGCAGCUGGUCCGUCUGACGAGAAGACCCCAUUCUGUCGUCCGUUACUAAGGUGAGAUGUGCCGACCCUCAACAACUCGGAUAGGCAACAGUUUCAUGAAGAUCGAUAUCUUCCGUCCUGACCCGCCGAGGUUUUCUUGCUUGUCAUGGCAACAUUUUGACAUGACAUGAUGGCAGCAUCAUGCUGUCUGAGUGUAAAUCUUGUCUAGACUCGUAAGUCAGUAUUGCCGCGGUAUGCUCUCAGCGAAUAAUCUUCCAUUGCGAGUCAAGCAACUUGUAUAGAUGACGGGAGAAAAAGUUGUGUGUGGGGAUUGUUAUCUCUGUAAUAGCAUGAAUAAGUACGAACACUGAUAACCUUUCUCCUUGGAGUUCCGUCAACAUUGACAGUAUCCAAAGAAUUCUUCCCAUUCGCUGCACACCGAUUAUUAGAGGGCGGAGGACCUUGGAACGAAGGGACACACAUUAUGCGGAUUUCCCUCAACAAAGGGUCCUCUGCGUUCAGUAUUUUCUAUGUCUAACUGUCAAAGUUCAAGAAACACCAAUGGAGGGUUGCGACCAGGUGAAUAUUCUAGAUUGCCGUGAUUUGGCUGAGCGCCACAACGAGAGACAAGAUCUGGGAAACUGAGGGCAGCUGGGUGAAAGGUGGAACACCAUUAGGGAGACACUAACUCACAGAGAGGAUUUGCUUUUCUUUGAAAUUCCUGAGGUGUGAGGCUAAUGGAUAGAAGUAAGCGGAUUUUGCAGGAGGUUCUGACAAGAAGAUGCGUGUGGAAAUACUCUCAGUCUGACGCCGACAUUCUGGGAAGAAUGUCAUUACCUGUUGGAUACCAGCCAAGUUGGUAAUGCGACAUUUCCCACACAAACCCAUCUGGGUUCAGCAGGCCAAAUUUCACCUGUAGACGAAUAUAGACAUCUGUUAAUAGGUGUGAGAACUGUAGUUACUACCUGUACGUUGUGUGCCAUAUCCUUAUCCAGCAUGGCCUUGGGCAGUCCUAUCAAGGCUCAGUACCUCUUAUGGUAUUAAGUACAGUUUCCUUAGUUACGUCUUGCUCGUGCUGACUAAAAAAGAAGCUAACACGGCGGGUCGUUGGACGAAAGGACGUUGCACGGACGAGCGGUAACUUUGAUGUUGUGAUUGUUCAUGGCCUUUGACAUUUGUAUGUUGAGAAGAUCCACUAAAGUGACAGAAUAAAGAAGUAGCAGACAAGAAGAAUAGUCAGUUUGUUUGGGAAAUCCAGCAGACCGUGUCUUUCGGCAAACAAGCAAAGCUUGCAAGAGCUUCACAGGAGAGAAUAUAUACGCACGCUUGGCUGUUGUAAGAAGGCGUGACACGGUGAUACAAAACGUGAUCAGGUGAAAAACGUGGAGCGACAGACAGACGACACGCAAUGUGUGGGUGCGAAAAGUGACGUGAAUAUCAGUUACCAAGGUGACGCUGCACAGACGACAGUUCCUACCUGUGAAAGAGAAGUUGUUACCUCGAGAAGCAGCUGCAUGACGAGAACUAGGCUGUUAGACAUGGAACGGCAAAUUCCAAUCCAGGAGGAACUUGCCAAUAUCCGCGCCAUUAAGCCGGCCCUUGUGCGGCGGUCUGGUGGAAUCGCCGGUAACGUACAGAUGAAGAAAUUUGAACGUGAUAUCAAGCUGCUGGACGAGCAGAUAAGGCAGAGCGAGAAACAUUUUUUCAGCGAACAAAAAGAUCUUCUAACGCGCCUGGACCGUCUAAAGGCGGGACGGAAUUCGAUCGUCGACCAAAAUGGACGGAAAUUUUCGGCAAGUUCGUCCGAGCCGGGCAUCCAUCGAGGACACCUGGUACCAAGGCCUCCUAAUCACGGGGGUCCUCUUCUGGACAGGCGAGCUCAGCUCAUGCACAAAAUCGACCAACAAACUGCACGGUUCCACAAAGAAGACAAAAAGGAGGAGACGGAGGCUUUUCGGAAGACCCCGGUAAGACUCAAGCCCCUUCCUGAGAACUACAAACCAAAGAUAGGACAGAACAAGCCCGAGUCAUGCGCCAAGGAACCAGCGGGCGGGGAGUCGGACAGGUCGAGCCAGGACUCCCGUCCCUCCCAGACCUGUUACACCGUGUGCACGGCUGGUUCCUCCUCCUACCACAGCGCCACUACUACAGUUGCUACAUUGUCCGAGCCAGCUAAACGGACCAGGAAGAUGUCAUAUGCAGGACUACCGUCCAUGUACAACAACACGGGGCAGGCACAGUCAAAGUCUUGGGACGAGGCCGUCGCCACCACGCCUGCCAAACCGCGGCCGCAGAGGCGGGUUUCUCUGCCAUCAAGGCUCUCGGGCCUGGGGAAGACCUCUUCCGACCACCUGCCUCAAGCACCCGAGCACCUGCACAGCUGGCUGGGGUUACGUACACAAGCAACCCUGGACAGGAUGAGGGGACAACCGAAGGACGAGAUGGCGCUCUACCAGCCAAGGGGCAAGAAGAAGGGGUCAUUUUAGUUGGAAGUUCACCGUUGUGUAAACUUAGAGGUGCGUUUACUACAGUAUCAACACACCGUGGUAUUAACAGAAUGUCCAAAACGUCUGGCACAUGUAUACGCGGUAUACUGUGCUGACUGUUGUCAUCUCAACUGGUGUGGGAUUGUGGUUUCUGUCUCCGCUAAAAAAAUGAACUUCAUCAGGGCAUCAGACUUGGAUAAAGCAACACAUAUCUGCUGAGAAAUUACUGGGGAUACCAUCCAAUCAUUGGCCUGGGUGCCUCGUACGAGCCAUUAUGAGCUUUGUAAAUUGUAGUUUGCUGACAUUAUAAUAACACACAUAACGUACAUUAUCCAGGAUAAUAUGACUUGAGAAAU